CAAGUAAUAACAUUUGGGGUUUAAUUUGGUUGACUGAGUCUGAAACACGUGUCCUCGACAAGCUAGCCCUAUGCACGACGUCAUACUACCUGAUGAUACAAAAGGUUAGCCCUAACCUACAUCCUUCUCAACCGUCCAAAAUUCACCUGUAAAUCUAUCUCACAAAGAUCAACGGUGAUUCUAGAGUACGACACUAAAGAGUAACAAUACAUAAUAGUACAAUUUUAGUACCAUCUGAAUGCAUUUUAUCUUCUCUCCUUAGCUUGAAGAAAUUACGUACAUGCAAAAUAAAAAUGGCUCCGAGUAUAUCAACCAUCAGAAAUUACUAUACUCACCAAGAGUACUCUGUAGAUUUCUUUGGAGAGGAAUUGAUCGUCAACGUAACGCGAACUCCAUCGGUAAUCAGAAAAUGGAUCAACAACGUCCACUUCUUCAACCGUUUUACCUCUCACCCUCUUGUUGUUGGACUCGGCGUCUAUUGGACACUGCCUGGUCACUACGCUGACCCUCCGCCUGAGAGUUACAAUCGUCCAGCGGAUACUCUUCAGUUAUGCGUUGGUACACGAUGUAUAAUCAUCCAGCUUUCUCACUGUGACCACGUCCCCUAUGCCCUCCACAACUUUCUCGCGAGUUACACGCACGUUGGUGUGUGGAAUAGUCAAGACGCGACAAAGCUAGAGCAGUGUAGACAUCAGUUGAAGAUUGGGAAACUUUUGGACAUAAGGAGGUUUGUUGAAGGUUCAAGAGGGAGCUUGAGGGGUUGUUCGUUUGAGGAGAUUUUUGAAGAAUGCAUGGGUUAUCGAGGAGUGAGGCUAGAUCCCGAGGUAAGCACGAGUGAUUGGAGCGUUUACGACCUUUGCGAAGAUCAGAUCCUUCAGGCGUCAAUAGAUGUGUAUGUUUGUUUCAAGCUCGGUGUUAGGGCUCGUCUAUGGGAAGUUUGAGAAAAUGUUUCAAAGGAAUCUUUCUUUUGUUAGGUUGUGAGGAAAAGAAACUGUUUUCCACUCGUUAAUUUAUUCCAUGCGUAAUAAGUAGUUGUAUCUUUUUUAUUUGUUUGGGCAACAAUAUCUUUCUUUUUUGUUGAUGAAGAUGUUGUAUAAUGUUAUUAAGGAAUGAUAGGAUUUGUAAAUGUUAUAACUAUAUCUUUGAUUACAAAAUUGAU